AUGAUACAGUCACUCCGGCGUAUUCUGAAUAAACCAAGACCCGAUGAUUGGACGCCGCUAGCUCGAUUUUAUUACGCCGAUGUCGCCUUGAAUGAAAUAGCCAACGAAUUGGACUCAUUCGAUGGUCGGAGGGAUCCCGAACGAUGUAACGCACUUGUCUCAAAACUUCGAGUCGCUCAGGACAGGGUUCUUCACAUCAUUAACGAAGUUCUCAUUCUAUUGUAUCCGAACGAAGGCGACCGAGCGUGUCGUGAUUUCCGCGUCAAAUUCCCUGACGAAAUCGUUCAUGAUACUUUGCCGGGACAACUUUGGUUCGGGGCUGAGUGUCUCGCCGCCGGAUCUAAUAUCAUUGAUCACGAAUCGGAAUCGGAUUUGAUAAGACCACUUGCAAAAGAGGUCACCAAACAAUUGGAUGAUGUUCGCGAACUAUUGAAAGACCAAGCUUUAAGGGAUCCAUCAGCUUAUAGUCAAACUAUCAAGGAGAACUUGUUAAAAUUUGAUAUUCUUUUUGCUAACUUUGAAUACCAAUAUGUUUCUGCCAUGGUUCCUGUAAAAUCGGUGAAAGAGCACGAUGCUCAAUUAGAUGUGGCUGUAUUGUUUUCGGAAGUGUUGAGACUCGCUUUGGAGAAAGAAUUAAUCACUCAAGAUCAAAUUGACUAUUGUGAUCCCUGCGUUAUGCUCUCUAUUCCUCGUUUAGGAAUUGUUUGGGGUCUUCUGUUAUUUCCAGAAGGAGCGCUAAACGUUGACAAAUCACCAGAAGAUUUAUCGGAAAUGUUUCGGCCAUUUCAUUCUCUUUUAUCAAAGAUUCGGAACUUAAUCAAUAUUUUAUCCAAAGAAGAGCUUAAUAAGCUUGAACAUAUUCUUUGCAAGGGAGAAACAACUACUGCUGAAAAAGAAAGUACGCUGAAAAUGAGUGAUUUUCGAAAUGGAAACUCUGAGGAUGAACGGAUGAAUCAUAAUAACAGUGUUAAAAUUUGGAUGGUUGAUGUUCCAUCAGAUGAUAGUGAAGGAGACAGUGUUGGAAGUGACAGUAGGGCCUCAUCUUCAGUCUCAUACAUUGAGACAGAUGCUGAAGAUUCAAAACGGCGCGAAGAGAAUCCAACAUAUCCAUCGGAUCCACUAAACUUGAGAAACCGUUUCCGAUCAUCCGAAGAUUUGGUUCAUCGCCUUUUCGUGUGCAUUGCCGGUGUUGCUGAUCAAUUGCAAACCAACUACUCCAGCGAGAUUCGCAAAGUGCUCAAGUUGAUUCUUCAACCCGUCGAAGUGAUUCCUGUGUACGAGAUUUGUGCUCAAACUGCUUCGUCAGCUACUGAAGGUGAGGAAACUGGAAUCGAAGUACAAGAAUCUUUGCCCCUACCAGCUUUUAUUGGUGUCCGCUGGGUUCCAGAUGAGGAUUGUGAGCAAUGUACUGCGUGUUCAACACCUUUCACAUUUAUGAGAAGGCGCCAUCAUUGCCGCAAUUGCGGAAGAAUUUUCUGUCACAAAUGCUCGUGCAAUUCUAUUUGUAUUCCAGAGCAUGGAUACGAUCGAAAGGUACGAGUCUGUAAUUUGUGCUACAUUCACCGUAUUAAUCCAUUUGGAUGUGGCGAGCCAGCAACUUCCAACAUUCCACAAACUCCCGAUAACUCUCAAAAUCAGUUAAGGGAUGAAAUUAUGGAGGAAGUUGGAUCUUCAGAACAACCACAAUCUCAAUGA